AAAGAAAUUAAACAGAUGUUACCGACUCGUGCACCUAAAUCAUUUCCCAAAGAAAAUUUCAACAAAUUCAAUUUUUACACUACCAGACUCUUAUAUCUAGCAAUUGACUCGAGAUAGGAUGGUUAGAUUCUUGCCCUGGGGCGUGAACGGCCGGUGAUGUGUGAGUGAAGAACCUGUGUCAGUGGAAAUUGUUUGGAAAUGCUAGAUGUCAGAGAGAUCGGACCGAUGUUUUGUCGGGUUGACCAGGAUAUGGAACUGGCUGAGAGGCACAUUUCAGAGAAAAAGAACCGUACACAACUUUCGACCUCACGAAAGGGUCAACAUGCAAGAAAAUAUCCGAUCUAGGAGUUUGACUGAGCCGGAUUUCUACUGCCGGAUUCAAGCAUGCCCAUCCCCUAAGGCACCCCCACGCAAGCGCUUUUUAGACUCUACUCCAGAAAACGUCGUCAAGAUAAAAAUGGCCUUGGAAAAAGAGAUGAAAGUCGAAGAUUUCAGUGAGCCGACGACUAUGAACGGAGGAAGUCCAGAGUGGUACGAGAAGAAACUGAAACUGAAAAUGGGCGAAAAAGGCGGAAUUGAUGCUGAGAAGAAUCAUCUCCCUGAAGUCUUUCAUUAAACUCGUCCAGUUGAAAAUAAAAUUCCUUGUUACCCAGUA